ACGCUUUACUACCAGCAGGCACAGGGAGGAAGUCCGUGCGCCUGGGAGACGAAGAAGAGCCGCAACGCACCGAGCUGGAAACUACUUCCAAACUUAACCUGGGGACUACAGAGAAGCCGCAGCACAGCGGCUCCUCGUCGGGGACCUGCAGCGGAGGAACAUGGACUAGAGGCGGUGGGUCGCGGCAGAUGGAGGCGCUGAGAAGUUUGGUGUUUGUCGGGGCCGUGCUGCUCGGAGCGACGGGCGCGCUGGGCAGAGAAGUAUGCCUGGGUACAGAUAUGAAGCUGACCCUGCCCUCGAGCCUGGAAAACCACUACGAGACCCUGAGGCUGCUCUACACUGGCUGCCAGGUCGUCCACGGGAACCUGGAGAUUACACACCUUCAUGGGCAACCCGACCUCUCCUUCCUGCAGGGGAUCGUGGAGGUGCAGGGUUAUGUCCUCGUAGCCCACGUGUCGGUGGAUCUGGUGCCUCUGGACAACCUGCGAAUCAUCCGGGGCAGCCAGAAGUACAACUCCAGCUACACCUUGGCCGUGCUGGAUAACACUCUGAACGGACAGGGGCUCAGGACCCUGCGGCUUCGUAGCCUCACAGAGAUCCUGUUGGGCGGUGUGUACAUCUGGGGGAACCCUCAGCUCUGCUUCCCAGACCCUGUGAACAUCAUUUGGAGGGACACCAUGGACGAGCAGCCCCAUAACAGCAGGCAGCUCCGACUGCAGGCUCGAGCCUCAGAAUGUCCAGAUUGCUCCUCUGGAUGUGGGAAAAGCUGCUGGGGAGAAACUGCACAGGACUGCCAAGCCUUGACUCGAAUCCAUUGUGCAUCUGGCUGUCAGCGGUGCAAAGGUCCUCUGUCCAACGACUGCUGUCACAAGCAGUGUGCUGCUGGAUGCACAGGACCCAAAGACUCCGACUGCCUGGCCUGCCGUCACUGGAACGACAGCGGUGUGUGUAAGGGGAACUGUCCUCCACCUACGAUCUACGACCCCCUCACCUAUCAGUCCAAACCCAACCCAGACAAGAAGUUCAACUUUGGAGUGACCUGCAUCAAGACGUGUCCUUAUAACUACCUGGCUUUGGAUGUGGCCUGUACUUUGAAUUGUCCCAAAGCCAACCAGGAAGUUAUCAUCACCCACCCUGAUGGGAGCGAGACGCAGAACUGUAAAAUCUGUGAAGGAGACUGUCCCAAAGUGUGUUAUGGCCUCGGGACAGACAACCAAGGUGUCAUGGACAACCACGGCAUUACCAUGGUGACAUCGUCUAACGUGGAGGAGUUCAACAAGUGCAAGAAGAUCUUCGGAAGUCUUGCCUUCUUCUCUCAGAGCUUUGCACGGGACCCGGAGACCAACACGUCAGGUGUGACUCUGGAGCAGUUGAGCUCCUUCAAGCACCUGGAGGAGUUAACAGGUUACUUGUACAUUGAAGCUUGGCCGGAGGAGUGGAACAACCUGAGUGUGUUUGAGAACCUGAAGGUGAUACGAGGCAGGAUGCUCUACAAGGGAGUGUUUUCACUUGCCAUCCAAAAUCUGCACAUCCAGUCUCUUGGGUUGCGUUCUCUCCGCAGCGUCAGUGGAGGUCUGGUGCUGUUGAACAACAAUUCCAAGCUGUGCUACACCAACUCACUGCCCUGGGGGACUCUCCUGCACCCCACCCAGGGACCCCACCGCAUCGUCAGCCUCAACCAGGACGCAGCUGUCUGCGAGGCAGAGGGACACAUUUGUCACCCGCUGUGCGAAGGUGGCUGUUGGGGACCGGGCCCCGGCCAGUGUGUUUCCUGCAAAGCUUUUCAACGUGGCACCGAGUGUGUAGAGCAGUGUGACAUCUAUCAGGGGGACGUCCGUGAAUACGCAGACGGAUCUUUGUGUGUUGUCUGUCACUCAGAGUGUCGCCCACUGAACGGCUCCGCCUCCUGUCAUGGACCGGGUGCUGAUCAUUGCACCGAGUGUGAAAACUCGAAGGACGGUGAGUUCUGUGUGAAGCACUGUCCCAGCGGCGUGAAGGAGGAUCAGCAGACAGUGUGGAAGUACAGGAAUGCGUCCGGACACUGUCUCCCCUGCAGCACCAACUGCUCGCUGUCCUGCACGGAGAGGGACGACAGAGGCUGCCCCGUCGAUAACAGGACAGGACCGGGUACGACCAUCGCGGCUGCAGUGGGUGGCGUGGUGCUCUUCUUCGUCUUGCUGGCUCUGCUGGUUUUCUACCUGAGGAGGCAAAAGAAGCUGAAGAAGAAGGAGACCAUGAGGAGGAUCCUGCAAGAAUAUGAGCUGGUAGAACCUCUGACGCCCAGUGGUGCUUCACCCAAUCAGGCUCAGAUGCGUAUCCUUAAGGAGACAGAGUUGAAGAAGCUCAGGGUGCUGGGGGCAGGGGCCUUUGGUACCGUAUACAAGGGAGUGUGGGCUCCGGACGGGGAGAACGUGAAAAUACCGGUGGCUAUUAAGGUAUUACGAGAGAACACCUCGCCAAAAGCCAAUAAAGAGAUCCUUGAUGAGGCUUAUGUGAUGGCGGGGGUGGCCAGCCCUUAUGUGUGCCGUCUUCUGGGAAUCUGUUUGACCUCCACCGUGCAGCUGGUCACUCAGCUGAUGCCAUAUGGCUGCCUGCUCGACUACGUCAGGGAGAACAAGGACCACAUCUGCUCCCAGUUCCUCCUCAACUGGUGUGUGCAGAUCGCCAAGGGCAUGAGUUACCUGGAGGAGGUCCGGCUGGUCCACAGAGAUCUGGCUGCCCGCAACGUUCUCGUGAAAAACCCAAACCACGUGAAGAUCACAGACUUCGGCCUGGCCCGCUUGCUCGACAUAGACGAGACAGAGUAUCACGCCGAGGGAGGGAAAGUGCCAAUUAAAUGGAUGGCUCUGGAGUCCAUUCUGCACAGGAGGUUCACUCAUCAGAGCGAUGUCUGGAGCUACGGAGUGACCGUUUGGGAGCUGAUGACGUUCGGAGCCAAACCGUACGACAUGAUCCCGGCGAGGGAAAUCCCAGAUUUGUUGGAGGGAGGACAACGACUUCCCCAGCCGCCCAUCUGCACCAUCAACGUCUACAUGAUCAUGGUCAAAUGUUGGAUGAUUGAUGCAGAGAGCAGACCGAAGUUCAAAAAUCUGGUGAAUGAUUUCAGCGUCAUGGCCAGAGACCCUCCUCGUUAUGUAGUGAUUCAGAACGAUGAGCAGAUGAGCAUGUCCUGCCCGGUGGACAGCCAGUUCUUCCGGACGCUCAUGGAGGAGGAAGGGGACAACAUAAGGGAGCUGCUGGAUGCUGAGGAGUAUCUGGUGCCUCAGCCGAACCUCUUCCCCAGGAUUCCAGGAGACGGGGCUCAGUCCAAUGGGCCGUCCAGACACCAGUCACACAGGCAGAGCAGAGAUCAGGAAUUAGACGUCGAUCCGUCCAUCGCUGGCGUCCCUCGGAGCAUGUACUCCUCCCUCAGCACUCUCGGGCGCAGCCAGUACCCCACCCUACCAUUAGGGGCCAGCAACUCCAACGGCAUUUGGCCCUCUCAGUACCCGACGCUGGCUCACAGCCCCUCGGCCGGUAGCCAGUCGGACUCCGUCUUCAUCGACGGGGGGCCUGACGACCCCUCGCUGCCCCCGGCCAGCCCUGGACGCUACUGCAAAGACCCCACGGACCCCGGCGGCAGCCAAGGGGAGCUGGAGACAGAUGGGCCGAACGGCUUUCAUCAUCCUCAUCAGUUUCGUCACUCGCUGCCCAGACGUAGUCAUGGAAUGAAUCAUAAUCAAACUGGUCCAGAGUACGUCAACCAGGAGGUUCAGGAUUUCAGACCGGGAAUCCCAGAUCGUGCCUCCACGCUGCCUCGUAAAGGCUCCAGAGUAGAGCGGCGCCUCCCCAACGGCCUGAACUCCGGUCAAAGCGUGGAAAACCCAGGAUACUUGGUCCCUCCAAGCUGUGGCUCCUCCACCUCUCCGGCCUUUGACAACCCGUACUAUCUGGACCUUGUGGCCAAAGCCAACGCUGUAGCAGGGGCAGGGGAUGGGGCGGGAGGAAUGCCCCGGCACGUGAACGGGUAUGUGACCUCCACAGCAGAGAAUCCAGAGUAUCUGGGACUAGCAGACACCUGGAGCGGACAUACUUGAAGAGAGGGAACAGAAGUAAUGCGAUGAACUCAAGAGGAGUCAGAUUAAGUUCUACUGAGGUAACAGAUGAGUGAGAGAAAGGGAAGAUGAAUGCGUGUGUGUGUGUGACGUUGGGAAAGAGCACAUGGAGCUGAAUCCUCUGAAGAUCCAAGCCAGGUGAGGAUAUUUGGCAAAUGUCACCAAAUCAACCAGCUGUGGCACAACACUGUGUGGAAUUAAUCUGGUGUCUGUGGCAUCAUUUGUAUUACUGCCUUCCUCUCAGCAAUCUGUUGAGGGUCAAAAAGAAGUUCACUUGGCCUCUGUAAAUAACCCAGUACUGGAGAAGCAGAAGAGUCACUGGUGGAGACCCAGCAUGGUACGAGAAGAGUCUGACAAUCCAACAAGUGACUGGAUUCACAAAGGCUCAUUUUCCUUCUUUAAACAUUCAUUUUCUUUUAACUUGUCUGUGGUUAUUUCUACAUGUGGAGCAUUUUUUUUUUUUUAUAUUUCCCAUGUUUCCCUCCCGUGUCCUGAUUUGCUCCAGUCCAGCUAAACAGGGCAAAAAAACUAUAUAGAAGACUUUGACAAGUGAGCCAUGGUCUGCACUCAGGAUUGCGUUUAGUAUUCUGGUCACUUUCUCCGGGACCUGAUGGGGGUCUUCAGUACACUCAAAGCCAUUUUGUUUUGGCCGGCGAGGGCCCUGCAGCCCAUCUGGCCUGUAGAUAUGCUCCCAGAAAGAAAGGCUUCCUGUAUGCAGAAGACAGAGGCAUUGUGCUGCACUGAUGUAUGUGGUUGUUAGUGACUGUGGCUGCAGCUUCUUUGUGGUACGGCUGAUGAGAUAUGAGGUACUUGCAGAAUUUUUAAACCGCACGGAUCUCAGUAAAUUCAUUGUUUUGGUUGAAAUCACAGUUAACAUGUAGUUAGGGUCGCGAAAACCUUUCAGGGAUUGACGGUUUUGCCAAGUAUUAGGGAGAAUUAUUUGCAUUUUAAAUAAUGCAUUAUGCAGGGGCAUGUAAUGCAUGUGGCCCCCGCCCCCCCACCCCUAAAUUGUGUUAUCACAAUGAGCCUUUUUAAUUUCGGAGGCCGAUCACUGUGCAAGAAUUCAUAUGAGCUGUUGUUAAAUAUUCCAAAAGAAAUGAAGAAUUUCUUUCUGCUCGUCACCGAGGCAGCGCUUUUCCACGAAUCACCGACUGCUCAUUGAAGUUUCUUCCUUAAUGUUCGUUGUGGUUUGUGAGAGAAUAAGUGCGUUCAAUAAGUAAACAGUUAUUUCAAGCAACAGUAGGUAAUUUUAUACUGUAGAAUAAAGCUUCAUUAUCAUUUUGAUGUUACACAAACUUAAGACCGCUAGAACGGUGUCGUCUGUUAUCGCCACAGUGCCCCCUGGAGGCCUGGAAGUGCACUAACAACGAGCGUAAGCAGCAAGAUACACCAGGCAUCGUCAGUGUGGACACAACUUUACUGCCACUGCCACUGCCAUUUUGCACCGUAUCGCAGUCUUUGGCGAGAGGCCAAAAGUUGUCGGUUAGAUUCUGUUGUUGUUGUUGUUGUUAGACUAGUAUUUGCGUAAAAUCUCUCCGUGGUCAGUCAACAUGGUUUCUUGGCUUCUUCAUCUUCAGUUUGUCAACAAAUGCACUUGUGUGCACCGGGAGGGGGCUAAGGCCACAACUUGUAUUUACGAAUUACGCAUCCCAACCUGUAGGGGGAGCCAUAUUGUAGCCAAGCGUUGGUUUUUGCAUUGAGCCGCAUUAAUAAACGCUUUAAACAUUGCAAAGGUGUUAAACAAACGCCUUUCAGAUGUUUGUUGUUGCUCCUCGACUCUUCCAGCCGCUUGCGUUCUCCCACUGGCCCUCCUCUCUGUAUCCUUGUGGAAAGUGCUGCCUCGUAACAAACCCGUGUUGUCGUUCUGCUGUUUGUGUAUUUGUGCACUGGACACUGGAGCUCAAUGUGAUUCUGAGGAGACAAAAAAUGUCUCCAAUGCUCGAUUUGAAUAAUCAAUGCAUGGCUCAAAUUCCACUCGGCGAGAGCACACUGGCGUCCCAGUUAAUAAUCAACAGCAUUUUUUUGAAGACUUUUUUUUUUAAUGUUAACUAGCGUUGGCCGGGGGAGGUCAACACAAGUCAAUGGAGCCAUUGUAUGACCCCCCCAACCCCCAUGUCCUUGUUGGAAAGUCAGUGCUCUCCCAAGUCACACGUCCCAGCGACUGGUGUUGUCGCAGCUUUGAAAAGAGAGAAGUCAAGGUUUUUCAUUUCUGUGUAGGUUUGAGACCCGGCAGCAGAAUGUGCUUCAGUGUUCGGGGGCUUUUUUUUUUUUUAUCCCACCAUAGAUUUCCCGGCAUCUUGUCGUUCACUAAACGAGCCGCAGCUCUUCCUCCAGCUGCCACCAGCUACUACUGAGAUUUAACGUUGUUCUCUGAGGAGGAACUUCUCUUCCCUGAGAUGUGUGAUUUCUCAGAGGUCGUCCACACAAUGAACAGAGUGCGGAGUGGGAGGUCUGAGGCAGAUCCACAUCAGCCUCCACCGUCACUCUCACUCUUCAAGUCUUUGGCAAAACUUGCUUUUUAUUUUCAUGUUCUCUUACGGGUUUUGAAGAGUUUUGUUCCAGGAUAAAAAUAUGAAAUGUAUACCUAAUCUUAGAUAAUUAAGAAUAACCUCUUUUUUAAAUACAAACAUAAGACUUUACAUCCAUACCUGCAACUAUUGUAUACUAACAAUGAAUUGAUUGAAUUAUUUUUGAGUGAUAAGAUUCAUAUUACAGUUUUUCAUGUCUUUUGUUAUUAUUAUGAAUACACACUACAGUGUUUUGGAAUGAAACCCUUCAUGUGUUAUUGCUGUCAGUUGAAAACCUCGUGUCUUUUAAGAGAAAAGCAGAUUUUACACAAAUAUUACACUGAUUCUGUGGUAUUUUAUGAAAAAGUUUUAAAAACACUAAUGAAUGUAAAAGUUUGUCUGCAUCUGGAGGAGUGUGCUAAACUUAAAUCAUAAUUUAAAGACCCAGUAGCGCCAGUAACAUUUUCAAUUUCCUCUAAGGCAUCCAAGUUGUUUUUGAGGAAGGAGAAUUCACCUCUGCUGGAAAAAAAACCCGGUUUUCACAGCGGGUGGUAACACCAGCUCGCAAAUGUUUUCUAUCUCACAUGGAAAUGAUGAGACCACGACACACAGCUUGAAAGCUGCCACAGUUAAUAUGUGUGUGUCUGUGUGUGUGUUUACACUGUAGUGUCACUUUUGUAUGAAUUGUUCAUUUUAGAGGUCGUCUGCACAUCGUUAAGGAAUCUCAUCAGUUCGCCUUUAUACUGUUUGAUAGUUGCUGUUGUUCUUUCUACUUCCACAGAGGUUAUGUUCUUACACUAUCGGUCUGUUGGUUAACUUCAGUCCUGGACCCAGAUCACAGGGUGGAUUUAGGAAUUUUAGGAUUAAAAAAUAAAAGGUCAAGUUAAAGGGAUUCAUAUUUAUGAGUGGGAGAGAUCUGUGGUUUCAUAAGGUGACUGCUGGGCCUUGGUGGAGGUGUGUGCUCUAUUGAGUGCUAUUCUAGAUUGAAUAUACUGGCACUCAGUAGAGUGUAUAACUCUUCCAAGGUCCAAUAGUCCCAUUAAAUUCAAUCAUGCUGCACCAGAUUGCACACGCUCGUAGAUAUCCGUGCGGGAAAUAUAUAAUAAAAGACUCCCACCUUGCAAUAAAAGAAAUUCCUGGAUCUGCCCCUUUGUCCAGAUCUGUGCCAAAAUUAAAUGAGUUCUUCCUUGACCCAUACGGCAUCCUUCCACCAGGGGGAAAAGGGGUUCAGUAGUUUCUGCGUAAUCCAGUAAUUAAUCACCUCCCCGGUACAGAGCCUGAGGACCUUGGUGCUGAUAAAUUGUGUCACCGUGAUACAAGGAAGGAGGAAACAUAAACUGAAUAAAAAACGGACAAUGUUUGUCGUCAUAAAUUUGUGAACAAUCUACGUGAAGUGUGUCGAUGGGUCUCAACGCUCAUGUUAUUGUCCAGAGAGGAAGAAAGAACCAGUUUAAAGAACAGGAGUGAGCUGAAGGUUUUAAAUAAAAUGAAAUAUCUCUAACUUACAUUUUGAAGAAUUUUUUUAAAUCUUUUUUUACUUUUCAUGUGAAUAUUUUUUAUUUUUUGUUAUCUUUCGCAAUUCGUGUGAUUGGGACAGGACAUGAAUAAUAAGUGUUUUAUUGGGAGUUUAAUAACGCAUCCUUUCCUACUCGUUUGGUCAGUAAGUCCCAUCCUGUAAAUGUGUAUCAUAUGAAUUCAGUGUAUAUAUAUCAAUAAAAACAAUCACUCUGGUAGCUAAUUUGAUUAAAUACAUUGAACAUUGUGACCAGUUGCUCUAAUGUGCAGGGGGUAAAUACAUAAGAAAAUAUUUUAUGAAGAAAUGGUCGUUUUUUUUAUAUGGAAUCGUUUGCAGACAUUGUGUGUUUUCAAAAGCAUAUAAAACAUUUAAACCUC